AGUUGGCGCUGGAUUACACGGUUUCCACUGAGACUGCAUUCACGACUUUCUUUCUCCUUUGCAACACUGGUCAUUUCGAAGGAAUAUCAAACAAUCUUGGGUUAUAACUGCUCCAUUUAAAUUUCUAGACUUUCUGGACCCGUCGUUCUUACAUGGACGCGUCCACAAGCACAGCGCUCGACCCUACACCGUCAGCCAUACUACAAGCCGCUGCAGAUUCCACACAGAGUGAUACAGUACCAGCGCAUCAUGGUAGUCCAGUAGUGGCCUUCAUAAUAGGUCUCGCUAUCAUUCUUCUUGCUUCGAUCCUUAAUGCUGCUGGCUUGAAUCUCACGAAAUUGGAUCAUGUGCGCACCAGCGCUAUUCCUAAGGCCUCACGUAGAAGAGAUUGGCUACGACCGCUAUGGCUCUUGGGCAUGUUACUGUAUAUCCUAUCACAGUUAAUUGGAAGCACGCUUGCUCUUGACUACAUGCGAGCUGAAUAUGUUGCUCCACUUGGAUCUACAUCUCUCAUCUUCAACUUCCUUUUUGCACGAUUUCUCAUAGGCACACCAGUUACUCAUACAGAUAUUUAUGGUACCCUAAUCGUAGUACUCGGCGUGAUUGGUAUAGUUGCAUUCGGUGCUAUAAACAGCGGACUUUCCGACGAGACCAAUGUCGACCACCUGACAAGCCUUUGGCGGCGUGGGGGAUGGCUCAGUUUCUUCUUCUGCAUGGCCUUUGCACUGAUAUUUGUGCUGAUAUUCACAUCAUCACUUGAUGCCGUACUCGCCUCUCGAUCCGAUCUCAGCUCUCAGCCUUUUUCAGGCCUAAGCGCUCGGAGAUCGUUUCCUCCUGCUUCUACUUUUCUGGGCAAAUUGAAGACGGUCUGGGAUAGAACCAUGCUAUGGGUGAAGGAGAAACUAGAGGCUUGGACGGCGCCAAAGGACGAAAAGCAACUUGCAUGGACGCUUGGCAUCGGUUGGGCAUGCUGCGGAGGUGGUCUUGCUGGUGGUUGUUUAGUUUUCGCCAAAGCCACCGUCAAGCUGUUGACUGGGAGCCUGUCCCAUGAAAACCCGGGAAACCAGUUUGGUCAUGCCGCUCCCAUAUUCACUAUCGUCCUCCUCGUCAUCACCGCUGUCCUUCAGAUCAUCUGUCUCAAUCGCGGUCUGAAGGUUUACGACUCCACUUUGGUUGUUCCCGUUUUCUACGGUGUCUAUACCGCUACGGGAUUCCUCGAUUCCCUGAUAUUCAACAAUCAAGUUGAUGCAUAUAAACCAUGGAUCCUUUUUCUCAUCUUCGUUUCCAUGAUGAUCCUUAUCUCGGGUGUUGUUCUGUUGACACACAAGAAACCGGAGCGAUCUAAUCGUACGUCAGGUGGUCCAGUGCUUGCUUCUGUUCCCGCUCGUAAGAAGGCAAAAGCUGUGACCAAAGCAGACAGAAAAGCAGGGCAUGACGAGGAAAAUGAAGACGACGACGACGACGACGACGAAGGACGCGCUCUGAGAUCUGGGGAGGAAGGUGAGACUGACGAACAGGGUGAUCUAUGGCAAGUGGGGGACGCGAGUGACGACGAGGAAGACAGCCAUCCUAUGCGGUCGCAAACUCAUCUCCCGAGAGGCGUCACUGGUACAAGUUCAAGUAGGACUGGAGAGGAAGGGCUGAACUUGAUACAGAGCAAUGACGCUGACUCGCACGGAGACCACGAGCUUCGUCGGUCUACAUCUUCAGAUGCUACGAUUACCCGACAUCAUGCUAGUGGAUCACGAGAGGCCUUCCGGGAUGAUCCUGACGAGUUUGGAGACUGGAAUGAUGGUGGAAAGAAGUUCCAUUGAUGAUUUAUAUACCCCAGGGACCUACAUGAAAAAUGGGAUGAUUACUAUUGUACAAUCGCACACGUCAAUAAUCUCCUUCGUUGUUUUUUGGGAGCACUAACUCACACAUACACACACACAAGUUAUACUUUGCAAUCUUAUAUUGAUAUAUGAUAUAUUUAAUGUUGUCGAA